AUGGCCCGGAAAGAGGACAUGCUGCCCCCAGGCUGGGAUGAUCUAGAUAGGCAAAUGGGUCAGCUCUUUAUGAUGGGCUUUGAUGGGACAGAGGUCAAUCCACAGAUCCGAUCCCUGAUAGAGAACUAUCAUCUAGGCGCGGUCUUGUUAUCCGCGAAGAAUUUGAAAUCUGCCGAGGAUGCCACUAGAUUGGUCUUGGAAUUGCAGACCAUUGCGCGCGACGCAGGCCAUCCAGUCCCUCUGCUUAUCGCGUUGGACCAGGAGAAUGGCGGCGUCAACAGCUUGUAUGACGAAAUAUACAUUCGUCAAUUCCCCAGUGCCAUGGGUAUUGCGGCCACGGGAUCCAAAUCCCUAGCCCACGAGGUCGCCUUGGCCACCGCGCAGGAGCUCAAGGCAGUGGGCGUCAAUUGGAUUUUAGGACCCGUGUUGGAUGUGUUGACUAAUGUUCGAAACCAGCCAUUGGGAGUUCGAACCUCUGGAGAUGACCCCCAAGAGGCAUCCAAAUUUGGUGUGCAGUUCAUGAGGGGCUACCAGGAAGCUGGUCUGGUAACCUGUGGGAAACACUUUCCAUCGUAUGGAAAUCUGGAGUUCCUCGGCUCACAGAACGAUGUCCCGAUUAUCACGGAAUCAUUGGAGCAACUCAGUCUCAGCGCGUUGGUCCCCUUUCGCAGCGCGAUCACCCAGGGGCUGGAUGCGAUGAUGGUGGGCGGUGUAUCGAUGUCAUCAGCUGGAAUGAAUGUAAUGCACGCGUGCUUGAGUGAUCAAGUCGUGGACGAGCUUCUCAGGAAAGACCUCCAAUUUCAAGGGGUGGUGGUGUCGGAAUGCCUAGAAAUGGAGGCUCUGACGCACAACAUCGGUGUUGGAGGCGGCACUGUGAUGGCAAAGAACGCUGGCUGCGAUGUCAUCCUGUUAUGUCGGUCAUUUCCAGUCCAGCAAGAGGCCAUCAAUGGACUGAAGCUAGGGGUGGAGAAUGGAAUAAUCGGCCGACAACGAAUCGAACAAUCGUUACGACGCGUCCUGGAUUUAAAGGCGCGGUGUACCUCGUGGGAACAAGCCCUGAACCCUCCAGGGCUUUCUUCACUUACACAAAUGCAACCGUCGCAUACCCAUCUUUCCACCCGAGCUUACAACUCUUCUAUCACGGUCAUGCGAGAUAAGAAUAACUUACUUCCCCUGUCCAAUGUCAUCGAUGCAGACGAAGAACUUUUGCUUCUCACUCCGCUGGUCAGGCCACUGCCAACCUCGGCGGUAUCUCUCUCAGUUUCGGAGACUGCCCACGGACCAUUUGAUACCUUCCCUGGGGAUCGAACUUCCUCUGUCCUGAGUGGGGAGAGUGUCUUUAAAGAACUGGGACGUGCCCUCUCACGACAAAGACAUGGCCGUGUGUUGCACACCUCCUAUACCUCGAACGGUGUGCGUCCCAUUCAUGAAGACCUCAUUCAGAGGGCGAGUGCAGUCAUCGUGGUCACGGCAGAUGCAAAUCGGAAUAUGUACCAGCAGGGGUUUUCGAAACAUGUCUCCAUGAUCUGCCAGUCACACUACUCCCCGUCCGGGGAACGCCGCGAAAUACCCUUGAUUGUGGUAGCAGUGAGCUCGCCGUAUGAUUUCGCCGUGGACUCCUCCAUCGGUACUUAUAUAUGCACGUACGACUUCACCGAGACCGCUCUCCAAGCCUUAGUCAAGGUUUUAUAUGGCGACCUCACACCCUCGGCCGCGCUGCCGGGGUCGAUCGGCCGCACCCAGAAGAUUCACCAGUCCCGCCAGCAUUGGCUCGUGGAAAACUGGAACGAAGAGCGCGAUUCCUAUGCGCUCGACGUUCUCCUAGAUACCAUGCGCGCGGAUUGCCCACCGGGCCAACCAUCCGAGCUGCUGGGCGCUACGUCCAGCAGCUUUCUCCUUCGAAAAGAAGACAUCGACGAAGCCCACUUCGUCGUUCGGAAUAGUAGCACCCAGGCUCUCUACGGCUUCUGUGCCACCUAUUUCUUCCGUUCCACGGGUGUAGGUGUCCUAGGCUGUCUAAUCGUCGACCCGAGUCGCCGAAAGCUCUCUAUCGGCCACUCCCUCCACGGCCGCGCCAUCCGCACCCUCCUCCAGAGAAACGGGAUGCGUCGCUUUCAACUCGGCUCCCGUCUCCCAGGCAUCUACCUUGGCAUUCCCACCGUCAAUCCCGCCGAGCGCAAACGCUUGCGCCAAUGGUUCGCCAAUAUGGGCUGGAACACCGCUCUCUCCCGCCCCGUCUGCAGUGUCAUCCUCCGCAACCUGGCGACCUGGGUGCCGCCGGACGGUCUGACUGCCACGCUGCAAAGCGCGGAGGUCAUCUACGAUCUCGUCUACGGGUGGGACUUUGCCCAGGCUAUCCUCGACCAUAUCAAGACGUACGCCCGACAGGGGGUAGUGGAUAUCUAUCGCAUGGCGCUGGGGGGCGCGCCUAAUUGCGGGAUCAUCCGGGCCAAACGGCCGUCCGACGGGGUUAUCCUGGGCAGCAUCGUGAUUUACAAUGAGCGCUCCGCCUUGGCGGAUCAUAUGCCCGUCCUGCGGGCGACCCCUGCAGCGGUUGGCGGAAUUUCCUCGCCGGUGAUUUCGCCGUGUGGAGAGGAUUAUUCCACGAUCAUGCAGGGGUUGGUGCUCUUGGCUAUUAAGCAGAUUCGAAAAUUGAGUGCCGAUGCAGUGGUGAUGGAUUGUGUUGACGGCGAUGGCACCUUCGAUCUCUCCACGAUGGGAUUUACGACGCUGCACAGUUUUGAGGAGGUGAACUGCGAUGCAGCAACAUGGACGAUGAUGCAUACGUAG